AUGGAGGUAAAACGAUCAUGGUUAGUAUAUUCCGGUAUGGGCGAUUCUGUAUUUUGUUAUUACUGUAAAUUAUGUAAUGAGACAAAAUUGUCUUUAUUCAAAGAGGGAUAUCAUGAUUGGAAGAACAUUGCUGAAACGUUAAAACAGCAUGAACGGUCUCCACAUCAUGAAACAUCUUUUCUUAAGUGGAAAGAACUAGAAAUAAGAAUAAAUAAUUCAAAAACCAUAGGCAAUAUAAAUGGAAAAAUAAUAAAAACGGAAAUUCAACAUUGGAGACAAGUUAUAGAAAGAAUAAUAUCAUUAAUAAGAGUACUUGGAAAUCAAAACUUAGCUCUACGGGGAACUCACGAUAAACUCAAUUUAGAAAAUAAUGGAAAUUUUUUAAAAUUCAUCGAGUUUUUAGGUAAAUUUGACCCAGUUAUGAAGGAACAUAUAAGAAGAAUAACCUCCGAUGAAAUACACACUCAUUAUCUUGGAAAAGAGAUACAAAAUGAGAUAAUUAAUUUAUUAGCGAAAAAAAUUAGACUUCAUAUAUUAAAUUGUCUGAAAAAAGCAAAAUACUAUUCAAUUGUUCUCGAUUGUACGCCAGAUAUUAGCAAUAAAGAACAAAUGACUAUGAUUUUCAGAUUUGUCACGAUUUCAGAAGAUACUGGUGAAGUCACUAUAAAUGAACACUUCGUAGAUUUUAUUCAACUAUAUGAUACAUCUGGAUUUAAUAUGACAAAAGUCCUAUUGGAUAAAUUAAGAGAAUUUGAAGUUAAACUUGAGGAUAUGAGAGGUCAAGGCUAUGACAACGGAGCGAAUAUGCGUAGAAAACAUAGUGGUGUUCAAGCAAGAAUUCUUGAACUAAAUUCUAGAGCUUUUUAUGUACCAUGCAAUGCGCAUACUUUAAAUUUGGUUUUAAAUGAUUCUGCUAACUGCUAA